UAGAAUGCCAAAAAUUCAAAUUUUUAUACAAAAUUCAUCAGCUCGUCGCGAAAGCGACGAAUCAGUGAAUUCGGCUUAAUUGUGCAGUAUUUUGCAUAGAAUUUUACAAACACAUCGAAAUAAAUAAUAUCAAAAAAACGACCAAUGACAACCCUAUUCUACCUAGAAAUGCAAAUGACAAUUCAUUGAUUCAAAAUUUUUAAAGGAAAAGUAUGAGGUAAAUGAAAUAUUUAAAAUCAUAAUUAGGUGAUCAAGAACAGUAGUAAUAAUAAUAAAUAAAGCCGGAUUAUGCUCGCUAUUCGAAAUUUCAAUGUUGCCUUAAGAAAUAACUUUGUUUCUGGGAAUUUGUCAAGUCUAUGUAUUAAAAAACUUUCGGGCAAAAGGGCACUCUUAGGAAAAAAAUUUACUCCAAUUUGUUACAAUAGUUAUAAACCUAGUUCGGCGUUAAUUUAUAAUCCAACCUUAAAUGGACAAAACCUAUCACAAAACCAUGAAAUUUGCUAUCAAAAAAUGAGUUCGUCUGCAAAAGAAUCAUCGAACGAUAAUAAAGAUGUUAUAUCAAAAAAAGACAAAUUUAAGAAGAUAAUUAAAGAAUAUGGUUCCACAGUAAUAGUGUUUCAUGUAACAAUAUCACUCUUAUCUCUUGGUGGAUUUUACCUAUUAGUGUCGAGCGGAGUGAAUGUUAUAGCUAUUUUAGAUUGGAUUGGAAUCAACACUUCGAAAUUCGCAACUGGUAGUACGUUUUUACUUGCGUAUGCAAUUCAUAAAGUUUUUUCUCCCGUUCGAUUGAGUAUAACUAUUGGAGCUGCACCAAUUAUAGUUCGGUACUUAAAAAAGAAAAAUUUUUUAAAAUAAAAUCUAAACAGUCAUGUUUAGAGCUAAUAUAUUAAGUAUACAUAUAUACAUACACUUACGUACAUUUCCUACUUUACAGUAGCUAGAAUUAUCAUAAAACAUAAUUACGGUAAUAUUGUUAUAUUUAAGUCGAGAAUUAUAUUUCGGUGUUUAAAAAUAAAGGUGAAUAGUUAUUUUCCAAGUUAUAAAAU